AUGUUGGUCCCCAGCACUCCCUCUCUGCUGCAGGCUCUACAAGACUCCUGUGCCUGUGGGCUGCUCAUUCUUCACAUCCUUCUCACUCACUACACACUCCUCACUUCUAUCUCUGAACUUUGCAAACAGGCUGGGGUCCACAAGCCACUUCUGCUAAAGGAAAUGGCCUCGAAAGAGUCCGCAGGGUACAAGUGUCGCAUCGCCCUGGUGCUGUUCCUCCUUUUGGGAAGCAUCGCAGCUCUGAUCACUGUUGCCGUCAUCCAGGAUAAAUUGAGCUUUAUUUCCUACAAUACGGAGUAUGGCAUAGUGAUAGAUUCUGGUUCAUCUCGCUCAACUAUUUACCUGUACCAGUGGCCUGGAGAAAAACAGAAUGAGACAGGGAUGGUGAAAGAACUGAUGAACUGUAGAGUUGCAGGUGACGGCAUCUCAGAGAUGGGUGUUGAUCCAGAGAAGGAUGCUGCUUCGUGGAAAAGUUUUAGAGCCUGUAUAGCCAACAUCACCAAAAAAAUUCCUGAAGAGAAACGUAAAAAGACCCCUCUGUUUUUGGGAGCUACAGCCGGGAUGAGAUUGCUAGAGGAAAGUAAUAAAACCAGAGGCUUGAAGGUCAUGGCAGAUCUCAGAGAGUACCUGAGUGGCCUCCCCUUUAACUUCCAAAACGCCUCCAUCAUGAGUGGGCAGGAGGAAGGCCUGUACGGAUGGAUCACAGUGAACUACAUCAUGGAGAACUUUUUUGAGAAAAAUCUAUGGAACAAAUACGUGAGGCCAGAAGGCGGAGAGACGGUCGGCUCCAUGGACCUGGGCGGGGCCUCCACACAGAUUGCCUUUGCGGUGGAACAGAACCUCACGGGGGAAGACUACCUACGCGUCAAACUGUAUGGAUACACAUAUACGGUCUACACCCACAGCUUCCUCUGCUACGGCAAGAACGAGGCCGAGAAAAAAGUCCUGGACAAGAUAGUGCAGCGAGCAUCCAACCCAGACCUCAUCCUGAACCCCUGCUACGCGAUUGGCUUAAACGCAACCCUCAAAGCAUCACAAAUUUACGACACCACAUGCACAAAGAUGCCCUCGAAAUACACACAGGACCAGAAUUUCUCCAUGGUGGGAACAGGGAACUCAGAAGAAUGCAAACAGUUUGUGAAGAUGAUUUUUGACUUUGACACCUGCGAUGCCGACCACUGCUCUUUCAACGGAGUGGAGCAGCCUCCGGUCGUCGGGAAGUUCAUGGCGUAUGCUGGAUUAUUCUUCACAGCCAGAGCCAUGGGGGCCUAUGCAACUCUUGAUCAAUUCCGCAAUUCAACGGAUACAUUCUGCCACACACCCUGGGCACAGUUAAAAAAAGAAAAAACCCGGAUCUCAGACAAAUAUCUCAAGACCUACUGUACUGCAGGCCACUAUAGCAAUUUCUUGCUGACGGAAGGAUACAAGUUUGACGAAACCACCUGGUCCAACAUUCGUUUUGAAAAAGAGAUAAAGAACACAAGCGUGGGGUGGAGUUUGGGCUACAUGCUGAGUCUCUCCAACAUGAUCCCCUCUGAUGUGACGGAAAACUUCCCCCUGACAGACCCUCUCUUUGCUGGACUGAUCUUUCUAUUCUCAGCCCUCACCAUUAUAACCCUGGUGAUCGUCUUUAUCUUCUGUGUGCGCACCUGCUACUGA